CCCACUCGUCGUACGCGCCUGACACCACGGGCUGCCUUGGCCAUACCCCGUUUCGCUUCGGUCGACUGACCCUACCUCGCCAGCUGGAGUCGAAAAGGUGGACGGCGUCAAGGUGAAUGUUCAUCACCCCAGUGCAAAUCCGAAUGAGAUUGAUCUUUUCUAUUGUAACAUCUGCUUGAUGGAUAUCAAAGCAGUGCGACUUGAUCUUUCCUAAAGAUAAUUCCCAAAGGAUCCCGGGAUAUAUUCACAAAAAUUACAUUCAAACGGACGACACCAACACUUUCAGUGUAAUAAACUGUUUUACUAUGGAUCCACAAAUAGCAGCGAUACACAGAAACGAUUUUACAAGCCAAAAUGAAGAAUGUACUGUUGAGUUUAAUACUGGAGAGAAAAUGAAAAGUGAACGGCUAAAUUUUAAUUCUGGACAUUUAACUUGUGUGCAUUGUGAUUUUACAUACACUGAUCAUGAAACUUUGGAAAAGCAUCUUGGUUCAAUUCACCCUGAAUUCUCAGAUUUAACAAAUGUUGUGAUGUAUCAGAAAACUGCCAAAUUGUUUCAUUGUCAGUUGUGUUUUUACACAAACAAAGUAUACAGAGAUGUUUAUAAUCAUGUUGCAAUGCAGCACCCAGAGCCGAGCAAAAGUGAAAUAGCUUCCCAGAUAAAGGAGCUUAUCGCAGGAACAGGCAAGGAAACUAAUAAACAGUCACGCGUCACAAAGAGAAAACUCAAAGAAGCCAAAGUGAUUGAGAAAGGAAAAUCUACGAAAAAGAAAAGGGGACGAAAAAAGCGUUCAGAAAUAAUUGCAAAUACAAUUGAAAUAAAACCUACAAAACCGGUGGAGCCAAGUGUGACUACAGUUGAUGGGCAACCUGUUAAAAGAAAACCUGGAAGACCAAAGCGUAAAGUCGAAGAAGUAAAAACUGAUUUAAACUGUACAAAAUGUGGGACGCGAUUCAGUAGUCUUAAUGAGCUAAAUAUCCAUAAUUGUCAGAAGAAAAAGCUGAAGGAUUCCAACUCUCCACCAUAUGAGUUGGAGUUUUCUGAUUAUAGUGGUCAGUUUCCAACUAAAUAUGGAUCCACCCGUAAAUCAAUAGCUCCAAGUAACACUUCUAAAGAACCUGCUGGUUUGAACAAAUUUGAAAAGUCAACAGUCUUAACUAAUCCUGACAAACUGACCAUAUCAAAUAACCCUGCAGUGCAUGCCAUGUCCAAUGACUUCAGUGAAUUGACAAAUUCAGAUAAUGCCAUGAAGCUCCCAACUUCGCUUGAUCCAGCAGAGACAUCUGCGGAAAAAGAUUAUGUAAAACGUUUACAUGAAAAUGUCAAGUACGUCAGAGGAACCUUUCACUGUAAUACUUGUAAAUUCCAUUGUAAAAGCAAAAGUAGUGCUUUGUAUCAUGUUGUAAGGGUACAUGACAAGCCUUAUCCUUAUAAGUGUGGUGAAUGUGGAAGAUGUUUUGUUAUGGACAAGGAGCUUCAAAGGCACAUGUCAGUUCACACCGGAGAAGCUUAUUACAAAUGUUCUAAAUGUGACUUUGAGUCUGAUUAUGCCAGAGCAUUUAAGAAUCAUGAGAAGCAGUGUACUGCUCAGCCAAGAGAAGAUACAUGUUCAGAAAAUAUUGAUGCUAAGAAACAGCAGAAUACAGUACAAGAGAUAAAGUCACUCGGUCCAGAAUCUCCUUCAGUCCCGCCUCCCAGUUUUGUUAAGGAAGAAGCACAAUCACAGGAAAAUUCUUUGUCAAAAGUUGAACCAUCUGAAGCUGAAUUACCUGCAGAAACAGAAAAAAAAUGUGUAGAACAAAGUGCUGGUCAGGUUCAAGCCUCAAAGCUGCCCCAUUUGGAAGCGGCAAAGCCCACGGCAGCUUAUCAACAAGAUUCUGUAUCUCCGAAGGAGAGUAUAUCUUGUCCUGAAUGUGGAAAAACAUUUGAAGAACAAGAUAUGUACCAAAAGCACAAAGUUUUCCACGCAGUACAAAAGCCGCUGAUCUCUGAGAUCACUCGUGAGGUGUCAGUCUCAGAUGAGGAAAAAACUGCAGAAAGAAAAAUAUUCAGUUGCAUUCCUUGCAAUGUCAAGUAUCAAAGUGAAGAGGAUUUGCAGCACCAUCUGAAUAUUCAUAAACCAAACGCUGAGGGGAAAAAUUUUAACUGUGAUAUUUGUAGUGCCAGGUUUGAUAAACAAAUUGAUUUGCGUGAUCAUCUAAAAAUUCACAGACAAAAUAUUUCAAAGACUAAUCAAACUGGUAUGCCUGAUAACCGAACACUUUACAGAUGUAAUUACUGUCCUUACAGCACUUACCUGUUUGUUAAUUACAUAGGACAUGUCAAGAUAGCUCAUUCCAAUGAAUUUCCUAUUCACUGCACAUCCUGUGGAGAUGGAUUUCAGCUUCCAGGUGAACUAAGAAAACAUAAAUGUCAGCAGAGUCAAAGUGGCGGUGUCAUAUCUAGCCAGGGAGAUGAAUAAGGCGUUUAAUGUAAUUAUAUUGAAGUGGAAUGUUAUUACAAUUCCAAGCACUGGUAUUCUGCUUGUGCAUUAACAAUUUUGAUUACAUUUUUCAGUUUGAAGAAAUAUGACUGGGAUAAAGAACAUGUGUGGAAAGAGUGUCCAAUUCAGGAUUAAAGUCUUGUUUAAAGUCUUAUAAAAACAAAUGAACCUUGUAAAUAUUUUAAAAUAAACUCAUACUUUACAAGCAUCAUUUAUUACUUGUGUAAUCCCUGAAAAUUAGAUAUUUUCUGCUGACAACAAUCUGAACAGGUAACAUAUAACUAUAAAAUAUCGUUCUUUGUAGCUAACUGGCACAGACUUGCAUAUUAGCAACCGAAGGAAAAUGUACUCCAUUCGGGUAAAAACAAGGAAUUGCAGAUUCUGGUUUACAUUAAAAGGAACAAAAUGCUGGAGUAACUCAGCAGGUCAGGCAGCAUCUUUGGAGACAUGGAUAAGUGAUGUUUCGGGUUGGGUACUCUGAAGGAGGAUCCCCACCUGAAACAUCAGGUGCUGUCUGACCUGCUGAGUUACUCCAGCACUUUGUGUCUUUUUUUUUGUAUUCUGUUCUUGGUUGGUCAUAAGGGAUGCAUUACUGGAGUGACAUUGCUUAUUCAGAGUAAUGCUUCUUAGCAAUUGUAUUAUCCAUAUUGGUUUAAACAUCAGAAUUUAAAAUUAGAUUAUUUUUUUUUUAAGAAUCUAACAUAUUUCAGUGCUUGGUUAAGCUCAAUUGCAAAUUACAAAAAUGUUCCUAUACUUGUGUUCUGUGUGCAGUUUAUUAGUAAUUUGGCUUAGCUGUAUUAGGUAAGUUUGCAAUAUUGAGUUUUAUUUUGUUCUAGAAACAAAUUAGAAAAAAUAAUUUCCUCUUUUCAUAUCAUUAAGAAAGGGAAAUGUACCAUUUUAUUCCUACUGUAACCUAAAAUACUAGAUAACGUGUGAAUGCAAGUACAGGUACUUUUAUAAAAUCCAUUGAAUGAGCUUAACAUUUUGAAUGGCUUGAGCUAGUGGUUGGUACGGUAAUUUCCAAGUGAGAUUGUCGAUGGAAUUUCUGUUUCCAGUAGUGGUACAUGUAUUUGCUUAUUGUACAGCUUUUUAAUUUGGUGUUGAUCUUGUCUGAUAACUCACUGGUAUAUUUAGUGAGGGGGUUACAUUCGUUUUUAAACAAAUUAUAGUCUGAAUUUUUGGGUAUACUAACAGUAUUAGCCAUAAUAUACUAAUGUGAAUUUGGUGCUGAUUCUUUCAGAGAUAAUUACAGUGUAGUAUUGGCUUUUUACUAACCAAUUUGUCCAUUCAACAAUAAAUAUGUUUUACAGUACUUUCUGUAAGUAAAUAUGCAACCUUUAACAUCAAAAAUCCAGAUAAUGUACGUUUUGAUAAUGUAUGUUUUGUUAAUGUAAUAAAAAUAUCAAAUGUA